AUGCAAACAACUACACCGAUCCUGGCUGCUCUUGCUGCGACCACUGCUCUGGCACAGACAGCAGCUGGUGUUUGGCCACAAACCAAGACCAACCUAGGGGUCUCAUUUGGAGAUAACAUCAUAACUCCAGGGCCUCCUACCCGGGAACACAUGCUCAUGAUGGUGGAUUACGAUGUUGCUGAUUCGGCCUUCGCCACGUCGGACCAAUACUCAAGCCUUGUACCUGGUCGAUUGGUCAACACAACAACUCGUCUGCACUGGUGGGGAUGGAACUACACACUGCAGGACGGGAUAUUCAUCAAUUCUAGCAAUGCUCUGGCGUCGUAUCACCCUGCGCAGCCUGCAACAAGCAGAGUACACGACUUUACCUUAUUCCUGUUUGAUCAGCCACAGGAAUAUGCUCCACCGCAGGAUGUCCUGGAGGGUCUAUUAGAGGAGCAUGAUCCAAGGCAUAACUUCACGUUGGCUCCUAUUGUUGAAGCUGUCGGUGAUCCACUGGCUGCAACGUAUUUUUGGAGUUCGACGCCUGGUGUGCCGGAUAACAGCUCAGCGACGUACACAUACUCUUGGGAGAAGAUUUGA